UACACGGUAAAAAACCUUUUCUUGAUAUAAAAUUUUGUAUUGCUUUAAUUUCGUUUCUUUAAUUUGACCAUAAUAACAUUUAAUUCAAAGAUUAUUUUUUAUUUUAAGAGAUCUAGUUUAUUUAACAGUAAAGUAUUAUUUCUUUAGUUAAAUUUUUUUAAUGUAAAGCAAUAUCGUAAAAGUAAACAUACAUGUCGUUAGUUGAAAUGUAGGAAAAAUUUAAAGAGAACCUUUUUGAAUGAUAACGUCAAAAUAAUCCUAUGUUCGGCUUGAAGCUUUUAUUUGUGGAAAAAUAAUAGUGGAUUUGUUUUAAAGAUACAUUAUGUUUAAUCCGAAAGGGAGAGUCUAAAACUAAAGAAACACUCGUUUUCUUUGUUCAUUAUUUGGCUACAUUUAAAUGUAUUAAAUACUUAAGACAAGCAUUUCUUUAUUUGAACUUAUGCUUAUAUUUUUCAUUUAAUGCGUGCUUCUUUAUAAGCAGAAUAUUAAACGUGCAAAUUGCAGUUGCAAACCCACUGAAUAUACAGGAAUACGCCAUAACUGUCCAGUGUCUUGUCAUGUUCGUAUAGCGGUAUCAGUUCAGUAUAUCCCGUGAAUUUGCAGUUUUUAGUUUCUUUAAUAGUGCUACUGGAUGAAGUGAAAAUGUAUGCUGAUGUUGAAAGUUUACUCGAGGAUUGGGGACUGCCUCAAUUAAUUGAAACCUUUAAAAACAACGACAUAGAUCUCUCAAACUUCUUUUUAUUAGAAGAAUCUUUAAUAAAGGAACUUAUUCCCAGCAUUGGGAUCAGGGCAAAGUUUUUAUCUCUAUUUAAAAGAGCAAAAGAACUGGAGAAUUCUAGUAUUGUAGUCCACGAAGUAGUCCAGGCGGUUGACGACGAAACAUCAAAUCUUAUCCAGGCGAACAUGGAGUUUGAGUCAAACUCAGAAAAUAGGGAGAGAAACGAGCAAUACUUUAUCAUACCCCAACAACAUCGGCCGGCUGCUGAAAUCGGACUCGAAAACAUGCUUAAAAAAAUUCAACUACCGGAAUUUGAUCUAAAAACUCUUUUAUGUACCAGCGUAUUUGGAUCAGAAAUUUUGGAAUAUUACAAUAAAAAUAAAUUUUUGGAUAUGAAACGGAGAAACAAAUUAACAGAAAUAAUUAUUAAGCACGUUUUUGAUUAUGUUGCAAAAUAUCGACUAACACCAGAGGAUUACAAUGUCCUAGCAUCAAAAAUAAUAACGCUUUUCCCAAAGGAAACUGCUAGUACUUACUAUGUUCCAGCCAUUCGCAAGAGAGACUCUAUAACUCGCAAACCUAUACUGGCACGCGGUAAAUUGGUAGACAAAUGUCGAAACCUUUUACAUGACUGUGGACCGAGUGUCAUUAUUAGGAAAAGGAAAAGUAGUUAUUUGGAUGAAGAUGACAGUUAUGGUCACACUAAAGAAAGGCAAAUAGUGUUAGAAAGUGAUGAGCUAAAAAAUGAUAUGAUAUGGCUGCAAAAUAGGCAUGAGCCCUGGGAUGAAGUUCUGACAAAGUGGAAGAAUACGUACGGGCUUCGGAAAUUAUCGACUGCAGCGACUGUCAGAGAGUUCUUUGAAGAAUGGCCAAUUUUAAAAAAAGACAAUUCAGAGGUUUUGAUUAACUUGGAUUUUGAAAGAGAGUAUCCACAAUCAACUCUGAAGCUCAUUUUGGACUGGGAGAGCGCGUUUCAAAAAAUUUUUGAAUAUAAAAGUCUUACAAUAAAAGAUAAAUUUUGUGAGGAACUAAUUACACUUUUAAACAGCGAGGGCAUUACGGAAGAUAGUACAUUUGCCGCACAAAUCAGUAUAUUAGCGUAUUUAGUACCUCCUAAAGGCAAAAUUAAUUUGGGUAGCAAGAAUUUGUGGAAAUUUUCAUCUGCAGAAGCAGUCAAUUCUAUUAUAUGCCAUGCUAAGAUUCCCGGUGACGUAGAUGAGAUUAUCAGGAAAAACAAGGAAACCGCGGCCAUUAAAAAACAGACCGUCCAACCUUACAUGAUAGUGGAAGGGCCUUCAUUAAAACAACUUAACAAUUUUUAUAUAGUUGUGGACGAAUUAAGGUACCAGACAAAAUCUGCGAAACAAGCCUUUGAUAAUGUUUUCAAAUUAUUUUUUGUAACAAACGCGAAAUAUCCUGCCCCCGCAGAACAUAUUUACCUAAUUAUUCAGAAGGGCAUUUAUCAUAUAAAUACUCGUCAAGAUAAUAUCAUUCCAUAUAUUAUGGACAUACUGGAACUUUUAAAAAAAGAUUAACUCUGUGUCGAUAGCACAAGAUCUCUUAAAUACUAUUGUUACUUACUUGGUGCCAUAUUAUUUAUUAAUUAGGUCUACAAGAGAAAUACUUGAGUUUAAGAAUAUUGUAACUUGUUUUUUAUUUAGCAAUUACUACUUACAGAAUUUUUUUUUCAAAUUUAACGUUUUGUUUACAUAAUACAAAGUUUAUAUAUAAAAUUGUAAAAUGAAGUGUGGAGAGUGCCGACGUACUUUUGUUAAUCCAAAAAAAUUUGCAUUGCAUCUAGAAAUCUUUCACCAAAAGACUAAUUUUAUGUGUCCAGAAAAAAAUUGUAGGCGAUUAUUUUCAAGAAGGGAUGCAUUCGUUAAACAUUUAACAUCAAAACAUAUUAAUAAAUUUCCUUCAACUUCAUCAGUAAAGCCCCAUGUUCGUGACACUCAUACAAUACCUACUGCAUCGGUAUUACCUCAGAAUGCACAAGCUGCACAUCAAGAUAACUUUAAUAACAUUGAAGAUGAACGCACAGUAAGUUCUGAUAGUCUAGACACACUUGUAUCAAAAUUUUGUAGUUUAAUAGAUUCUGAAAUAAGAAAAUUCAUUUCACAGCUUUAUGACAAACUAACAAUAACAAAAAGUUGCAUUCAAAAUAUUAUUCAAUUUGUAAAUGCGUUUUUAUCAUCGGGUGUUUUAGACCUGUUACAAAAAUGUUGUGAGGUAGCUAAUGGAAACACUUUACCGUCACAAAUUUCAAAUAUGUUUAAAUUAUUAAAAAAUCCAUUUCUCCAUUUAGACACAGAACACAAAAGAUUUAAAUACUUUCUUCAAAGUAAUUACUUAAUAGAACCUUUUGAACAAGUACUUGGGCUCAGCGGUACUCGAUCUGCGAAAAAAGAUAUAGUUUCAUUGGUCUUAAAAGAUCGCAGUUUUUGUUACAUACCGUUAAAAAAAACACUUAAACUUUUUUUGGAACUCCCCAAAGUCUUUGACGAAAUUGUUACAUAUCAAGGCAACAUUUGUAAACGUAGUGCUUAUUGUAAUAUACUCAAUGGUUCUUUGCACAAAGAUUUUUUCAAUAAUGUAGACAAUAAGAUAGUCUUACCUUUGAUACUCUACUACGAUGACUUUGAGACCUCAAAUCCUUUAGGAAGUCACGCCGGUGUUCAUAAAUUGGGAGUUAUAUAUUGUUCCGUUGCUACUACACCUCCACAGUAUUCUAGCCGGUUAGAAAACAUAUUUUUAACAAUGAUAUUUUACAGUACAGACAGAUUCCAUUAUGGUAAUAAAGCAUUAUUUACUACAUUAGUACACGAAGUAAAUUACUUAGCAACUGAAGGUAUAAACUUAAGUCUUGAAGAUAGAGAAUACAAGGUUUUCUUUAAAUUGGUAGCGGUUGUAGGUGAUAAUUUAGGCAUGAAUUCAAUUUUUGGUUUUGUUGAAAGCUUCACUGCACACUACUAUUGCAGAAUUUGUUAUUGUAAGAAAAAUGUGGCACAAACCCAAACGGUUGAAGAUAAAAAUUUUUUGAGAAAUAAAAUAGAAUAUUUAAAUCACGUGGAUGGUCUUCAUUUUGGUCUAAAAGAAAAAUGCAUUUUUAACGAUGUUCACGAUUUUCAUGUUUAUAGUCAUAGUGUAUGUGAUAUAAUGCACGAUUUGUUUGAAGGUGUACAUAGAUAUACUAUGGCAAAAAUUAUAAAUACUUUAGUUUCUCAAAAUUUCUUUACCUUAACUCUACUGAACUCUAGAAUAAGAUAUUUCACUUACGAUACUUCUGACAAAAACAUUCCGCCCCCUAUCAAAGAUGAACAUUUGAAGAAUGGCUGCAUUAUCAAUUCGUCAUCUGAAAUGUUGUGCUUGGUUAAACAUUUUAGACUAAUUGUUGGUGAUUUGGUGCCAGUUAAUAAUGACAUUUGGUCGUUAUACUUGAUGCUUUUAGAAAUAACAGAAAUUCUUCUUUUGCCGGAAAUUAAUGACGAGUGCAUUGCUUUGUUGGAAUUGUUAAUUAAAGAACACCACUCCUUAUACAUGAGUCUGUUUUCUGAAACUUUAAAACCAAAAUUUCACAUGUUAACACAUUAUCCAGGUCUUAUUAGAAAAAUGGGACCCCUUGUGCAUCUGAGUUGUAUGAGAUUUGAAGCUAAGCACAAAGAACUAAAAUCAGUUUCAAAUAUUAUAAAAUGUAAAAAAAACUUACCUUACUCGCUAAGCUUAAGGCUGCAACUAAAAUUUUGCUAUAGAAUUAUGGCACAAAAUAACUUACUAGAUGAUUUAGAUUAUGGGCCUUUGUUGGAAAUAUCCAACAAUGACAUAGAUUGCCAAUUUAUCGUAAAUUCAAACUAUUUUUUAGUACCGUGGCUGACAUUUAACGGAAUUUCAUACAAACAAAGUUCAGUCAUUUUGAUAGAUAGCUAUGAAGAUUUUCCACAAUUUGGAUUAAUAAAACAUAUUUUAAUUGACGAAUUUAAUAACUUUUCUUUUUACUGUAAUUGCUUAAAAACCGGCAGCUUCCACGAACAUCUUAGGGCUUAUGAAGUCGAAGUUUUAGAUAAAUUUGAAUUAAUAACUUUUAAUGAAUUAAAGAAUGUAGAUACGUCUGCACUCCACACUGAUACACAUGGAAAAAUGUACGUUUAUUUUAUGUAAAAUAAAUCAUCUAAUUUGGG